GAUGAAAUAAAGAAGAAGAAGGCCCAAGCGGUUUCCUCCGUUUGGUGAUGGUUAGUGCUUUCUUCCGCUCUGGAUACCGGAAGAAGAAGAAGAACGAGUCGGAGAAGAGGAGACAUUCGAGUCGGGAUCUCAGCGGCUUAGGCUUUACCAUCGGCUUACCUUACAUCGCCUUUUUCAUGUUGUUUCUCUUAACCGACGACGGCAUUGCAGGUUUUAAGAAAUGGAUCUUAUUCGCGGAAGCUAGUACCGUCGGUGGUGGCGGCGGCGGCGGUUUCUGGUCUUAUUACACUGUGGUUUCGCCUUCUGGCGUUGCCAUCGCCGUCACUGCCAUGGCCGGUAUCGCCCUCGCCGCCAGCAUCGUUUAUUCUCGAAGGGGUAGCCUAAAAUCGCCCUGGUCCCAUAGAAGAAGAAAACAUCCACUUCAACCUAAGCAAUGGAAAAGUUUAUUCACAGAGGAUGGUAAACUUAGUGAUGGUGGUGUCAAGUUUCUUAAGAAAGUUCGAAGUGGAGGUGUUGAUCCAAGUAUUAGAGCAGAGGUAUGGCCAUUCCUCCUUGGAGUAUAUGACAUCAACAGUUCAAAGGAAGAAAGAGAAUCCGUUAGAAGACGGAAAAGGAAAGAGUUUGAAAGCUUGCGGAAAUGGUGUAACCAAAUUCAUAAACGUAUCGAGUUCGAGAAUAGCUGUAAGGCAAAGGAAACUGCUGGAAACGACCGCAAUGAAGACAGUGAGGAUUUGGGUCAAGUUGUUGAUUCUCUAGGCUUAGAGGAUGUGGUUAGUGGUAGAAGGCCUGAUUCCACUGAGGGAGAAAGCCCUGAGGUUGAUGAUUCUGAUCGCCCUCUGCGUGAUCAAAGUCGUCAAACCCUUCAAUCUUCUGAUUCAGUUUUGGAGGGGGAUACUGAUAAGAGUGCAAUUACUUGUGAGGAUGGUUGUACUGGUGAGAGGGAAUCCUCUGAUUCUGACUCCUCUGAAGAACUUGAGAACACACCCCUCUUUGCCUCAGAGAUAACCGAGGAAAAUAGUAUCAGUGAACAUGAGAAUGAUACCUCUGCUGCUACCCUGAUAAAAGGCAGGUCCAAACCCCAGGCGGAUGAAGAUUUUUCCACUUGGCAGAGAAUCAUCCGUGUUGAUGCAGUGAGAGCAAAUGAUGAAUGGAUUGCUUAUGCUUCAUCUCAGGCUUCAGUAUCAGAAAUCAAAGUACAACAGUUGGCUGAGAGUGUUGACUUGAAGGAAUAUGAUCACCUAGAGCCAUGCAGGAUUUAUCAUGCUGCUCGGCUGGUUGCUAUACUUGAGGCCUAUACCCUUUACGAUCCUGAGAUAGGUUACUGCCAAGGAAUGAGUGAUCUGCUCUCUCCAAUUAUCUCAGUGGUAGAGGAUGACUUUUUAGCUUUCUGGUGCUUUGCAGGUUUCAUGAAAAAAGCUCGUCACAAUUUCCGACUUGACGAAGUGGGCAUUAGAAGACAGUUGAACAUUGUGUCCAAGAUUAUCAGGUGUAAGGAUAUUCAUUUAUAUAAACAUCUGGAGGAGCUUCAAGCAGAGGACUGCUUCUUUGUGUAUAGAAUGGUUGUAGUACUUUUCAGGAGGGAGUUAACCUUUGAGCAGACUCUUUGCCUCUGGGAAGUGGUUUGGGCAGACCAGGCAGCGAUUCGUGCUGGUAUUACAAAGACUGGUUGGGGGAGGAUGAGACUUAGACCUCCACCUACCGAUGAUCUUUUGCUUUACGCAAUCGCAGCAUGCGUUUUGCAAAAGAGGAAGCAAAUCAUAGAGAUGUACAUCAGCAUGGAUGAGAUAAUGAGAGAAUGUAAUAGUAUGGCCGGACAACUGGAUGUCUGGAAGCUUCUGGAUGAUGCCCAUGACUUGGUGGUCAACCUGCACAACAAGAUUUAGUACAACUCUGCCUUCUUUCUUUCGUUUUUUUUGUUAAUUGCUUUAACCGAUUCUUUUUAAAAUUUUCCUCAACUCUUGCAAUAUUUAGGGAUCUGAGGUACUUUACAUUUCUGCUCGAAACAAGCGGCUGAUUGCCAAACUCCCUGUACCAAGUAAGUAAUGAGAUCAUAUUACUAUGAUGUAUUGCCUGCACUUACUCUUCAUUUGAGAGUGACGGUUCGUGACACUGGCAGUGCUGAAAAAAAUCAGCAAUUUAGAAUGUUCAACCUUGAUUUAUAAUUAUCGAAUUACAGAAUUCUGCACAUUUGUUUUC